AUGCCCAACUUUGACAACUACGCAUUUGGCGGCGCUGGACGCCUGCCCGACUCGGACAGCGAUGCCGACAGCGAUGCCGACAACAUCUACAACAACCCCGAGGCCAUGUUCAAGGCCAUGAACUUGCCGGUUCCGCUGAUAAAGUCCGCCGACGAAGUCCGCCGCGAGGCCGACUCGCGCCGCAAGAACGUCCUGGCCGACUUUGCCACGCUUCGUGCCAUUGUCGAGCGCCAUGAAGAGACCCUCCAGCGGCGGUGGCUCAAAAAGACGCGAGCGCAGCGGAUUGCCGUCUUGCUCAAGGCCUGGCCCGGCAUGGCCGCCAUGCACCGUCCCGACUUCGAGACUCUGCGGCAAGACGCGCCUGGUUUCCGCGGCAAGAAGCUGCUGCAGCCCCGUGACGCGGUCAUGUGGCCCUACAUCAACCAGGACGACCUGUCCAAGCCACGGUCUCUGCUGCUGCUCAUAAACGCCCGCGGCCGCCACCACCCCUGCCUCUUCGCCGCCGCUGACGACGAGCAGAUGCGUAUUGGCGUCGUGUCGCACAAAUUGUCGCGUGUCUACCUCAACGAGUGGACCAUGAUUCUCAAUGGCGACCCCGACUCGCCGACAAUGGACAGAGACUACGGCACACUGGUGAGCUGGGACGACAACGAGGACGCCGACAACUGGACAUUCACGCGAGCCCAGUUGAUCCCGGGCGAUGGCCUCGUUGUCCUCGAGGCCCAGGAACGCCUUCUGCGUUUCUUGAUUGACUGA